AUGGAGAGGAAAACUGGAUUCUGCAACUUGUCGAUCUUUUUGCAAGCUGCUGCAUCAACAAACAAGGGUGAAAGUGAUAGGAGUCUGUUUCGGGCACCAGAUCAUCGGGCGAGCAUUGGGUGUGAUGUCGGUGAGGAACGAGAAUGGAUGGGAGGUUGCGGUCACAGAAACCGAAAUGACAUCGAAGAGUCGACGAUUAUUCGGCUUGCCUUCCCUGGUGCGUCACAUGAGCAAACAAGCAUUGCUGAGGGCUUCUCAAUACUCAGCACCGUGACUGACCAAGAGAUCGAUCAUCUUAGGCGCUUCACCAGAUACAUCGAGACAUGUUGCCUGCCUGUCCAGCAAACGCGGAGCUUCUGGGUCAUGUACCAGGAAGGCCGCCUGCUAAGUAUGCAGUGUCAUCCGGAGUACAAUAGGAGUAUUGCGGAUGAGUUGCUAGAGCGCCGCGGUCCUAUUGUGUUUGGGGAGGAAACUUACAACGAGGCUAAGUCCCGAGUAACUUUGCCGCAUGGUGGAGCCGUGAUAGCAGCGAUAAUGCCAAAACUCUGGUUGAAUGACUGCAGGAGGAAUCUAGAGUAA